AUGAGUAAAUCAAAUUAUAGUGAAAUAUGGACUUAUUUCACACCAAUUUGCGAUGCUGAACGAGCUAAGUGCAAGCUGUGUAAUAAAGAAUACUCAAGGAAAGGAAGAACUACAACGGCCAUGAGAAAUCAUUUAAAGGCAAUGCAUAAAACCGAGUUUUCCAAAUUGGAAGAGUGUGAAAAACGAAAACAAGAUGCAUCUAAAUCACUUGAGCAGGCAUCAUCUUCGCAUCAAAUAAAAUCAUUUAUGAAACAAAUAUCGUUUCAAGAAUGUGUGGAUAAAACAAAACAGUGGGAUAAUAAUUCUGCUAAGUCAUUGGAAGUGGAUAAUUUUAUAAGUGAAAUGGUUGCGUUGGAGGACUUGCCAUUUCGUUUCGUGGAAAGUGUUGGUUUCGUAAGACUUAUCAAGCAUUUGUGUCCGUCUUAUAAUUUAAAAUCGCGUCAGUAUUUUACUUCAUUUAUCUGCGAUAAAUUAUUUUGCAAAGUAAGUGAGAAAAUACUUCAAUUAUUGAAGUCGUUCGAAAAAUUAUCAUUUACUACCGACAUUUGGUCUGAUACCUGUUCUGGAGUUUCGCUGCUGAGUUUAACUUGUCAUGGGAUCACAAAAGAAUUUGAAAGGAAAAUGAUAGUGUUAAAAGCAGAAGUAUUCAAUGAAGGCCGCCACACCGGAGAAAAUAUUGCUCACAAACUUGAAGACAUCUUGUCGUUUUGGGAAAUACCUAAAGAUAAAGUGAAAUGUGUAGUUCGCGAUGCAGGUGCUAACAUGAAAAAAGGUGUUAACUUAUUAAAUGUUGAACAUAUUGACUGUGCUUCUCACAAGAUUCAAAACGUAUUAAAAGCAGGAAUGAAAGCUCAAGAAACUGUUGUGUCUGCCAUAACAAAAUGUAAAAAGAUGGCAACUCAUUUUCAUCAUUCGACCAGUGCCCAAGAUGAGUUGACUAGUAUACAAAAAAGGCUUAAUCAAAAACCACUGAAGACUAUACAAGAAUGUACUACUAGGUGGAACAGCACUUUUUAUAUGUUGGAGCGUAUUUUACAAGUCAAAGAGUCGUUAUGUCUGUACGCAUCGGCAAAUAAUAAAAUUCCCCAAUUGGCUUCUGACGAGUGGAUGAUUAUUGAAAAACUUAUCGGUUUACUAAGACCAUUUGAAGAAAUAACCAAAGAGUUAAGUGCUAGCGAUGUUUCUAUUUCUUCUGUGAUUCCCUUAAUCACCACUCUAGAAAAAGUUGUUCAUGAUCUUGAUUCUUCCGAUGAGCACAUUGGUGAUACGAUUACUGUCUUGAAAGACGAGCUCAUUCGCAAGUUUUCAGGUUUAGAGAAUGAAAUAUUGUUUUCCACGGCGACCUUCAUUGACCCAAGAUAUAAAUCAAAAUUUUUUAAAAAUACGUCGACUAAAGAGCGUGUCAUAGAGCAUAUUUUGGAUUUGCUGGGAGACAGCCAAACCGACAUAUCUUGCAAUUCAUCUUACCCGAAUGCAAAGCGUAUCAAAUUAAAUCAAUCUGAAGAUCACGAAACUCGCAACAGUCUGUCUCUAAAAGAAAAGAUGAGUUUACUGAUGGAUACAAGUGAUAGUGAAGACGACAUGCCUCUUCUUAGUUUUCAAAACCCUGUCCAUCUUUUAAUCCGUAAAACUCUCACUGAAUACUCAUUGGAAAAACGCGUGGCAGGUGACGUCGACCCUCUAACAUGGUGGAAAGUUAACAAGGGAAGUUUGAACAUUGAAUUUAAGAGAAAUGCGAUGUUUAUUUGUUUACAUCAUCUCGCUCAGAUGGAUGACGUAACUAGUAUGAUAUAUACCCAAACAGCACAAGAAUAUCCCUGGGACGUACCCGGGAUGUACCACUAG